UAUUAUUAUUAUUAUGAGUGAGGCUGUUGGUGUUGAAUUCAUUCAUUAUUAUGUUUGCGUUAUGGAUUUGUCUGCAAAGACUUGGAAGGAAGCCAUGUGCUCUGGCAUAUGCAUCCAAGGAUCGCAUUAAUUUCUUGAUUAUUCAUGUGAAAACCCAUUCUACUAUGUAUGUAAUAAUAUAACAAAAAGGACUUGUGACGUAAAAGAGUGAAAAUUCUGGCGAGGUGCAGGAGUAAUUUCUAGUUCGACCGUUUCCAGUCCCUUCAUCGGGUUAUUCUUAGAUCUUUUCAGGUCCUUUCUCUCUUCUAAUUCAGUAUAAUUUAUCGCAUCGACCAAAAAAAAAGAGCUGGAGUUUGUUUGUUUCCAAUCAGUAUCAGGAGGAGACGGUGAGGAGUAUUUGGGAAGUCACGAUCUGAUCUGGUGUAUUACGUGGAUGAUCCGAUCCGUACGAACUUUUUUUUUUUUUUUUUUCUGAUUUGGCAGAUGAAAAUCAAAGCUUAAUUAUCAUCAAAGCUCAAUUCUUCGUGCACGCGCCGCCGGCGCAGUAGCGGCAGCGCUAGUCAUCAGAUCAGACCUGCGAGGGAGAUUGGGACGCUACACUACUUACUGGUGUAGAAGUAGAACUCGACCAACAACCACACAUAAAUUUCAGUCUCCAUUGCCUUCGAGCCGAAAGGAAUCCGGACAAACUAUGCAAUGUCAAUGGUUAUCUGAACUUUUUGGGACCUGUGUUCCUUUGUAAGUAGCUGAUAGAUAGAUUAUUGAGUUAAUUUUCUAUAUACUGUACUGUAUUGUCGUGGAUUCAUGAUCAAAUGAUUAAAUUUAAAUUCAAAAAAUAAAUUUCUGAAAAGAUUUCUCGUUGCAACAGAUUUUUUGUAUUUUACCGAGGAGCAUUGUCAUUUUCUGCCAAACAAGCUUUUCCGAUUGCAUCAUAAAUUUUUUUUUUUUUUACAUGAAUCAUAAAUUUUUUAAACAAAAAAAAUUUUUUUGUCAAAAAACAAAAACUUUUUAGUAAUAACCUUUUUGGCUUACAGUUACAGCAAGUACUUAUUAGUUUUCCCAAAAAAAAAAAAAAAAAGGUUUUGCUAAGUUUCAAUCAAAGCAAAUCCAGAGAAAUCGGACGGGAACCUCGUAUUCGCAACCGCAAGUGAAGCGACGUCGUUAAAACGAUUGACAUAAUAACCCUCAGUGUCCUUGCCCUUGGCCAGUAGUAGUUGGCCUGGCCUCCUCCCAGCGCCACCGGCACAGCGGUGAGGUCUCGCCUUUUGCCGCCAUAUUCUGCAGCGGUUUCUUAUAGCAAUGGGGAUUUUAGGCCUGAGUGAGAGGUUUUCUAGACUAUCCAAAACUAGUUUAAGUAUCCACUCUUCCUACUUCAAUCGCUCGCGGAAAAGAGCCUUUUCAGAAUUGAAGCAGAAAAUCACUGAAGACGACUCUAUCUUGCCUGUCUUGAUCGUAGGUGCAGGCCCGGUUGGACUUGUCCUCUCUAUGCUUCUUACCAAGCUUGGGGUCAAAUGUGCAAUACUGGAGAAAAGUACGACUUUUUCGACGCACCCACAGGCUCAUUUCAUUAACAAUCGCUCUAUGGAGGUGUUUAGGAAAUUAGAUGGUUUGGAUGAGAUUUCGAGUUCACAACCACCUGUGGAUUAUUGGAGGAUUAUCUAUUGUACUUCACUCACUGGUCCGAUACUUGGAACAGUAGACCAUAUGCAACCUCAAGAUUUUGAUCGAACUGUGAGCCCUGUAUCUGUAGCUCAUUUUUCACAGUACAAACUUCACAGAUUACUACUUGAGAAGCUUGUAAAUCUUGGUUUUCACAUUGUUGACACACGGUCUAAUAGGCUUGAGGAAAUCCUGAUUAGGGAGAAGGAGAUAUUGAUGGGGCAUGAAUGCGUAUCAGUUAGUACUGCUCAUCAUGGUGUUACUGUCACAGCGUCUUUUCUUAGUGAAGGGAGGCAUAUGCAGAAAGAUAUCCGUUGCAAUUUCAUUGUGGGUACAGAUGGUGCAGGAAGUACAGUCAGACAGCUUGUAGGAAUAGACAUGAAAGGAGAAAGGGACUUGCAAAAGCUAGUUAGUAUUCACUUUAUAAGCGAAGACCUUGGAAAGUAUUUGAUGAAUGAGAAACCAGGAAUGCUAUUCUUUAUCUUCAAUUCAGAAGCCAUUGGUGUUCUUGUUGCUCAUGAUUUGAAGCAAGGAGAGUUUGUCUUGCAGGUACCAUUUUAUCCCCCCCAACAGAAGCUCAAGGACUUCAGCUCUGAGAUGUGUGAAAGAUUAAUCUUCAGAUUGGUUGGCCGGGAGCUUGCAGACAUACAGGUUAGGGAUGUAAAACCAUGGGUGAUGCACGCUGAAGUUGCUGAAAGAUAUCUUUCCUGUAACAACAGGAUAAUUCUUGCUGGUGAUGGCCAUCGCUUUCCACCAGCUGGUGGUUUUGGGAUGAAUACUGGAGUUCAGGAUGCUCACAACCUUGCUUGGAAAAUAGCUUCUGUUCUCAAUGGCAUCACACCGCUUUCAUUUCUUUCCACUUAUGAGAUAGAACGUAGGCAGAUUGCCAGAUUUAAUACGGAGCUUAGUGUUCAAAACUUCAAAGCAGCUAUGAAUGUUCCUUCUGCACUUGGUCUUGAUCCAACUAUUGCUAAUGCAGUACACCGUGCAGUUAAUGAUUGGAUUGGUACCAUUUUACCGGAAGGACUACAGAGGUCAGUUUUGGGAAUCUUCAGCAUAGGCCGUGCACAGGUUUCAGACUCUCUGUUGAAUGAGAAGAAUCCUUUGGGAUUGUUGAGGCUUGCCAAACUGAGACAGAUAUUUGACGAAGGAAAGAGUCUUCAACUCCAGUUUCCAGCUGAGGAUCUAGGUUUCAGGUAUCUCAAAGGAGCACUAGUGUCUGAUGAUGAUAGUUCAUCAAGCUCAGAAGCACCUACUGGAGGCAGGAGGGACUAUAUCUCAGCAGAUCCUGGAUCAAGGUUGCCACAUAUGAGUAUGAGACUCUUGUCAGACCUCUCAAGCAAGGAAACAUUUUCACCUUGGAUCUUGUGUCCUGGAUAA